UCACGUCGCGACUUAGCGAAUCCGUUCCCGGGCUCGCCUCCGUUCUCCAAACCGACGUCGCCACCUCGCCGCGCCGGCUCUCCCCUCCUCUCCUCCGCACCAAACCCUAGCCCUAGCUCGUGCCCGCGGCCUCCAUGGCCAUCGAGGAGGCCUCCCGCUCGCACCGCUCGCCACGCAAGCACCGCCGCCCGCCGGGCGACGACGACGACGCGGAGGGCGCCUCCUCCCCGAAGCGCCAUAAGCGCGACCACCAUAGGGGCGAGGUACCGGAGGAUGUGGCGGGUGUUGCGACGAUCGCGGCGGAGCCACGGAAGGCCGAGGGCCAGGACGGUGAGAUACUGGACCAGGCCACCGCAGCCGUAGGUGUGAGGAGGGGACUGGAGAUUAAUGCCGGUGAGGCGGAAUUGGCGUCCGGCGCUGUUCUACCUGCUCCGGAACACCAUGAUAACUCCGAUGCAGACUUGAAUAUACAUGUAAACGAAUUACAUGCCUCCCAGCUAGCUACAAACCUAUCUCAAGAGCAUGACUUAAAAGACAAUGAAGAGAUUGCAAAUAACCAUGAAUUAUCACGUGUGUUUGUUGGUGCGAAGUUCUAUAAUGUGGGAAAGUCUCCUCUGCGAAAAAUUUCAAUCAGCUUGGGGAUAUCUGAUAAUAAGAAGGUGACAAGUGCUUCAGGUCCUCUGGAGGGUAUUCCCAUGAGUAAAAAACCGGACAUUGUUGGACAACAACUUAUUGGUCAAAAGUUUCCAGAGAGUAGAAAACCAGAUAUUGUUGCACAACAACCUAUUGGUCAAAAGCUUCCACAGAGUAGAAAACCAGAUAUUGUUGGGCAGCAACCUAUUGGUCGAAAGCUGGACAAGGAAAACAGCAUGCCCAUCAAGAAAAACACUCUUCAUAAGGUCAAGGAAAGCAGUAUGCUCAUCAAGAAAAACACUCCUCGUGACAACUGGGAAGAUGAAGAGGGAUACUACAUUUAUCACUCUGGGGAAGUCCUACAAGGCCGUUAUGAAAUUAUAGCCGGCAGUGGGAAGGGAGUUUUCUCAACUGUUGUCCAUGCGAAGGAUCUUAAAGCUCACAAGGAUGGUCAUGGAGAAGUAGCUAUCAAAAUUAUAUGUAACAAUAUUGAGAAGUACAGGUCUGGUAAGAGGGAAAUUUCUAUAUUGGAAAAAUUGGCAACUGCAGAUCGUGAAGACAAACAACAUUGUGUGCGGAUUAUUUCUAGUUUUAUGCAUCAAAAUCAUCUGUGUAUAGUUCUUGAAUCUCUCCAUAUGAAUCUUCGUGAGGUUAUAAAGAAAUUUGGCCGUGGCAUUGGGAUUAAACUGACUGCUGUAAGGGCAUAUGCAGAGCAGAUUUUUAUGGCGUUGAAGCAUCUGAGAAACUGCGGUGUUCUCCACAGUGACAUCAAACCGGACAAUAUACUGGUAAAUAAAGAUAGCAAUUCGCUGAAGCUCUGUGACUUCGGUAGUGCUAUGUCUGCAGGAAAUAAUGAGAUCACACCUUAUCUUGUGAGCCGCUUCUAUCGAGCACCUGAGAUAAUUCUUGGGUUGCCUUAUGAUCAUCCGUUGGAUAUAUGGUCAGCUGGGUGCUGCUUAUCUGAGCUUUACACAGGAAAAGUCUUAUUUGAUGGCUCCACAAACAACGACAUGCUUCGCCUUCACAUGGAACUGAAGGGCCCAUUCCCUAAGAAGAUGCUUCAAAAGGGUGCCUUUACAACACAACACUUCGACAAGAACUUGAACUUUAUCGCUAGAUUGAAGGAUCCUAUCACAAAAACGGUUAGGAAUAGGUUACUUUCGAACAUUAAACCGAAGGGUGUUGGUUCUGCAAUUUUAAGUCGCCCUGGGGAUGAUCCAAAAUUGCUGUCCAGCUUCAAGGAUCUCCUGGAGAAAAUGUUUGCAUUAGAUCCAAAAAAGAGGAUUACUGUGUCAGAGGCACUUAGGCAUCCAUUUCUCACUGGCAAGUGAAAUUAAUAUGAUGAUACAUAUAGGUGUUUUUUCUCUUUACUUCUGAACAUGUAGGCCUUAAUUUGUCUAACCGGUUGACAUUUUUGUCUCUGGCGCCGGAGCAGCCAUACCACAAUACAUUGUUGAUGAUUCCCCACGGCCCACGAUAUGUGAAGUUGACUUAUAUUUCUUUUUCUUGAAGUUGAAUGGGAAACUGACAUAUUCUGCUGUGCCAAU